AUGCCUCUGUCCGGUCAUUGUCUCUGCAAAGCAGUCACGUACACUGUCGAUGUCGAUCAACCGAUCAUCACGGGCUACGAUCACUGCGACGAUUGUCAACGCCAGAGUGGUUCGACUUAUUCCCUCGUCGCCGUCGUCCCCAAAGAUAAACUCGCCAUCGACGGUCCAAUCAAGAGAUACACCGGUAAAGGAUCCUCCGGAAAGGCGGUCCAUCGCGUCUUCUGCUCCGAAUGUGGCUCUCCCAUUGCUCAUGACCCGGACGCGGCCCCGGAAAUCAUCGCCCUCAAGGCUGGCACACUGGAUACGGAGAUCAAGAAGACUCUCAAGCCUGAUACGGAAAUCUGGACGGUGAGCAAGUUGCCCUUCUGUCAGGAGCAUCUGGCCAAGCCGUAUGCGCAUAUGCCGGAGUAA